CGUUCCGAAGGACGGUCGCGAGACGUAAUUUUCCGCGACCAGACUGCUGCGUGCGUUCGUGCAAUGAUCUCGCUCGCGACUUUGGUCAUUACCGCCGUGCACCUGCUCAUCUUCGGUUCGAAUUCCUCGUGUGGAGCGAAAAUGAACCAUCUUCAAAUAUUGGACAGUCUGUUGAAGAAAAACUAUGAUAGACGAGCUACGCCAACGAAUCACUUGAAUAAUGCGACAACUGUUCAUUGUGAGCUAUACAUUCGGAGUUUCGGGUCCAUAAGUCCGGUUACCAUGGAUUAUGAGGUUGACUUAUACCUUCGACAAAAAUGGCAAGAUGCGAGGUUACAACACCCGGAUAUCACAGAAUCUUUGGACCUAAAUGAUCCGAAUUUAGUCAAAGCCAUUUGGAAACCAGAAGUGUAUUUUCCAAAUGCGAAACACGCAGAAUUUCAAUUCGUUACUGUGCCCAAUGUUUUGAUACGCAUCAAACCUGAUGGCGAUAUACUUUAUAUGCUCAGACUGAAGUUAACAUUUUCAUGCAUGAUGGACCUAUCUAAAUUUCCAUUGGAUAACCAGGUUUGCACGAUGGAGGUUGCUAGCUUUUCUAAGACUAUCGAAGAGCUUCGGUUGGAAUGGAAAAAUACUGAUCCCGUAUUGAUGGCCAGAGGAUUAAGAAUGCCUCAAUUCGAAAUUGUAGACAUCGUGCCCUCCGACUGUCAAGAAUCAUUUCAAAUAGGCAACUACAGCUGUCUGGUAGCCCAAUUUUACUUGAGCCGAAGCGUGGGUUUUCACCUGGUGCAGAGUUAUUUGCCCACCAUGCUGAUCGUGGUCAUUUCCUGGGUGUCCUUCUGGAUGGAUGUGGACUCGGUGCCGGGGCGUACCACGCUGGGAGUGACGACGCUAUUGGCCGUAGGAUCACAAUCCUCGGGCAUUCAAAGCGGCCUGCCACAGGUCAGCUACGUCAAGGCCAUAGACGUAUGGAUGGGCACUUGUACAGCGUUCGUGUUCUGCGCAUUGCUCGAGUUCACGGUCGUUAAUUAUAUGUGGAGAAAAUUAAGACCGGACAUACUGAGAAACAUCUUGACCGAACCGGUGAAUGGAGGUACGGCGGGCUCAAGAUCGUACGACGAAAAUCUACCGUCAUCUCCAGUCAUACCAGUCAGCGUGGUCAAAAAAAUUUUACAACAAGAAUGCGCUUACUCAUCGUCAGUUGAGACAAACACGGUGUUGGCAAGGAAAAUCGACGAAUACUCCAGGCUGUUGUUUCCCGUUGCGUUUAUAGCUUUCAACGCGCUGUAUUGGCCUUAUUAUUUACAAAAUUAAACAUUUUUCUCUCAAAAAACUCCCAUUCUGUUGCGAGUUAUUGUCGCGAAAAAAAAAAGACCAAUGUCAUUAUUGUAUGAAUAUAAUUCACACACAUACGUAAAUGUUAGGUUAUACUGAUAUAUAUAAUAUAUAUGUCUCUCUUUACCUUUUUCUCUCUCUCUCUCUCUCUCCCUCUCUCUCUCUCUCUCUUUCUGUAAUUGUUUUUUUCGACGAAAUGUUCCAGAAAUAAUACAAAAUAGUCCUACGGUACGAGCUAUUUCGUACAAACGGUAAUAGGAUGUCGACACACACAUGCAUCACGUACACUAAAUAAUAGAAAAUGCUAUUAUAGGUUCUACAUAAAUAUUUUUAAAUGCUUGUUUUCUUUUUUUCUCUCGAGUAAAAAUGGAUUAAUGAAGCACGUUGGAGUCGUCUUUGUAAAUAGAUAAUAUCAAUAAUAAUACCAACUUAUUAAUCUACCUAAGUCAAUCUUCGACGAGUACCUUUGAUAAAACAAUAAUACGAGAGGACGCCAUCAACCGACGUGACGCUAAUCCGACAUUCACUUACGAUUUUAAACCCUUUUUUUAAAAAUGUAUACUUUUUUAAAUAUUAAUGCAUUGUGGAAAAAUUAAAAUAAAGCCCUUUUUGAGGUUAUCGUCACCUCUUAUUUUUCACGUUCUAACAGCCAUAAUCUUUUUAGUUGUUUCGUAACAUCGUGUAUGGAUACGAUCGUUCAAAAAACAUGUUAUCAUAAUAUUGCCCUGAAUCGCAAAUUCUUCGUUUUUUAUAUAAAUUACAAUAUUCCCAUUGUGUAUCGGUUGUCUUCCUUUAUAAAUAUAAGUAAUUAUAAAAUAUAGAAUACUUCCAUGCAGUAACGAAUCAAAAUAUAAGUUUAAUUCAUAACUGUAUUACAUAAAUGGUUAUAAUUGCAAUCUUUUUUUCAUUUUUCAUUCACCAAUUUAUGCUGAUGUCUGAAUUAAUUGUUCCUUUUCACUGUAAAUAUAUAUAUACACC